GUUUGAGUAGCUUUCAGUCGCAGAAACAUCUGCUGAAAUAUUGAUUGUUUUUUUUUUCGUAUAUUUUCAUUCUAAUGGUGGCCAUAUUGGAAAUGGAUAUUUAUGAGGGGACUAUUUCGGAAUGAGGAUAAUUGAAUAUUGAUAGAUUCUCUACCUGACAUCUGAGAGCUGUUAGACAGUGAGUUGGUGGUAUAAGCAGUAGUUGUCCCAAACAGAGAUGAGGACUGAGAGAUGGUGGGAGAUUCUGGCCACAUUCAUUCUUCUGCUGCAGAUAUGGAGAGAGACAUCUGCUAUGGAAAUCCCUCCUGAUGUGAGACAGCCACCUAUGAUAACCAAGCAGAGUGUUCAAGAUCACAUUGUGGAACCAACCGACCCUAUCACAGUGGAGUGUGAGGCCACUGGAAACCCUCCUCCAAUAUUCACAUGGACACGUGAUGGAGUUUAUGUGAACGUGGCACGAGAUCCACAGGUUUCUAUGAAACGGCGUUCUGGGACUCUGGAGAUCUUUUUUUGGGGACGUCCAGAGGAUUAUGAGGGCGUGUACCAAUGCACCGCUACUAAUGAAUUUGGCUCAGCUCUGUCCAAUCACAUUCAUUUGCGUGUCUCCAAGGCUCGUUCAUGGCUGAAGGAGUAUUUGGAGCCAGUGUCUGUGUUUGUGGGUCUUCCACUCAUCCUGACAUGUAAUCCUCCAGCUGGUCCACCCAAGCCCCAGACCUACUGGAUGAACAGCUCGAUGGUUCCUAUCCGCCAGGAUCGUAGAGUGUCAAUGGCACAGAAUGGAGACUUGUACUUCUCCAGCAUCGUAGCGGAGGAUGCACUCACGAAUUACGUCUGCACGGCCCGCUUUCCACAUUCCAACACCAUCCAGCAGAAACCUCCUCUCAUCCUUCAGGUGCUCACAGCCCGUAUGGCAGCUCAGACUGCUCCAAAGUUCAUGAAGCCCAAAGGGACGAGCAGCACUCAGAUCGCCAUGUUGGGGGAGGAGCUUAUCUUGGAGUGUUUUGCUUCUGGAGUUCCAGCUCCUUCCAUCAAAUGGUCAAAGGACUGGGUUGAUCUGUCCAUGGACGGAAAGAAGUUGGAGAACUUCAGUAAGACCCUACGCAUAAGGAAAAUCUCUAUAGCAGAUGGAGGCAAUUACAUCUGCAUGGCCACUAACAGGAUGGGUAGCCUGUACCACACCAUCACCGUCAAAGUGAAAUCGGCUCCCUUUUGGGUUGAGAAACCACAGAGUCUCAUUCUGUCUCGAGAUGACAGCGGGCAGAUAGUGUGUCAAGCCGAUGGUAUCCCCGCUCCCCAAAUACGGUGGCUGGUUAAUGGAGAACCUAUUGAGGAUGCCCCCAAAAGUCCAAGUAGACAGGUAGAGGGUGACACUCUGAUAUUCCACUCUGUGGUGCCAGACAGCACAGCUGUGUUCCAAUGUAAUGCAUCCAACCAAUAUGGCUACAUACUAGCCAAUGCCUUCCUCUCAGUCAUGGACAUGAAGCCACGUUUGCUGGGCUACAGAGACCAGCUGCUUAAAGUGUCAGAAGGGAGUGCUACACUUCUACACUGUCCAUAUUUUGGCUCCCCAAAACCAGACUUGCGCUGGUCUAAAGGUGGAUUUGGUGCUUUAGAGGGAGACCGUUAUAGAGUUCUCUCUAAUGGGACACUGGAGAUCACGCACACCAAACUCACUGACCAAGGUACUUAUGUCUGCACUGCAAUCAAUGUCAUCGGACGAGAUGAAAUGGAUGUACAGCUGGAGGUCAAGGAGCCCACUAAAAUAAUCCGUGCCCCUCAUAAUGUGGUUGUAAUAAGAGGGAGUCUGGCACACUUUGACUGUAAGAUCCAGUCUGACCCAACCCUGGAGGUCACUGUCACCUGGCUCAAGGACAAGAACUUCCUAAUCUUAGGUAGAAGGAUGACAAAGGAUGAGGACUCUCUGAGCAUUGCUGAUGUGUAUAGAAGAGAUGAGGGCAUUUACACCUGCAGAGUUAAGACUGAAGUAGAGGAGAUCAGUGCAUCAGCCAAACUUAUUGUGAUGGAUCGCCCCAACCCCCCUACGGACCUAGAGUUGUCAGACCCAUCAGAGAGGAAUGCCAGACUCACCUGGGUACCAGGACUGAGUAACCACAGCCCUAUCAAAGAGUAUCUGGUGCAGUAUACUGAAGACCUCCUUGCUGAUUACUGGCUAGUGCCAAGUGGCUGGAAGAACCUGACCAGUUACCCUGGCCACCUGAACUCAGUGGUGCUGCAUCUCACACCAUUUGUGGAAUACCAGUUCCGAGUUGUUGCCAUCAAUGCCAUCGGACCCAGCAGACCCAGCAAGCCGUCUGUGUAUUACCAGACUGGAGGAGCUGUGCCAGAUGCCAUCCCAAGAAACAUUAAAGGAGUGGGGACUGGACUGUUCAGAAACAACAUUGAGAUCAGCUGGGAGCCAUUGGAGUACAGAGAAUGGAAUGGGCCGAAGCUUGGCUACAUGGUGUGGUGGAGGCGUAGAGACUCCAGAGAGGAGUGGAAGAACUACACCACCUACUGGUGGUGCAGUCACAUUAUCUACGAUACGGACACGUUCAUGCCAUACGAGAUCAAAGUGCAGGCCGUCAAUGACUUUGGCCUUGGACCAGAAUCUCCUGUAAUUAUUGGAUACUCUGGAGAGGAUCGCCCCACCACUGCUCCCACUGACCUGAGGGUCUCAGAUGUGGAGAGCACUAAACUGAUGGUCCACUGGAAGCCUGUCCCCCAGGCCAGCGUAAUGGGGGAGGUCAAAGAGUACACGGUAUAUUACUGGCGGGAGAGCAGCCGCCUGCCACAUCACACUGUCAACAGGAGGAUAAAGUCCAAGAGUUUCAAAGCAAAUGGACCACGGCUCUCAGGCACCCUGACUGGUCUUAUCCCCUACAGCAACUACAAGAUGUACAUUGUAGUAGCCAACAACCGCUUUGAGGGUCCUCCCAGCAACAGAAUUGAGUUCCAGACACUGGAGGGAGUGCCAUCCAUACCCAGGUCCUUCAGAAUCAUGCACAGGCAUUAUGACACUAUCUAUCUGGAGUGGGAGGAGCCUGCAGAGCCCAACGGCAUCCUUACUGGAUACAUCCUUAAAUACCAAACAUUGAAUGUAACCGUGGGAGAGAGGGUGCAGGUGGAGAACAUUCCCCCCAACAUCACCCACUUCUCAUUGCACCGCUUCGACCGCUACACCCGCUAUAGGUUCUCGCUGGCAGCCCAGACACAGAUGGGAGUAGGAGAGGCAUUCACAGAGGAGUCUCCCCAUUUCACGACUGAAGAAUACACCCGGGAACAAGUGGACAUAGUAACCCAGGGGUGGUUCAUUGGGUUGAUGUGUGGUAUUGCACUCCUGGUUCUCAUCAUGCUGAGUGUUUUCUUCAUCAAGAGAACUCGUGGAGGGAAGUACCCAGUACGGGACAAACAGGAUUUUGCACUUGAUACAGUAGAUGAGAAGGAAGAGGGGUCAUUUGACUACAGGUCUCUUGAAAGGGUAACACGAGUGUCCACCCUACCCUACACCAGGCGAGAGGAAGAAAGCCGUCUGAGCCGUGGUCAGGGCACCAUCGAGCACAUGCAGAAGAGGACAAGCAGCGAUGACAGCCUGAUGGAAUAUGGGGAGGGGGAUGAAAUCGAGUUCAAUGAGGACGGCUCCUUUAUUGGCGAGUACACGGGCACCAAUAAAAGAGACAGAGACAGCAGCCAAUACCAUGAGAGCUCUGAGCCCACCUCCCCUGUGGCCAUUUACUCUUUUGCAUAAAACAGCUCCCAAACACACCGAGUGUAAAGUUGCCCACUGGUUUACCAGAUAGCACAGUUUCACCUUCCACACUGCCAAGCAUGGAUGAGGAGUCUGACAUUUUCUUGAGGAGUCAAACUAAACUGGUGGGACCUGGACUGAUACCAGAAGUGUUCUGCCACUGGGUUCUUCAAGCAUUUGUUCAGUUUUUAGCAUGGCAGAGGCAUAUAGUGGGAAGAAGUGUUUGCGUGAUAACUGAUAGUUAUGCUGAUUUAAGUAAAAUAUUUAUUUUAUAUCCCAAUCACAUUUAGUUUUUGUUUUUUUGAAUUAAAAGGUAAGAGGCCAGUGACAGUAUGGAGAAUGAAUCUGUUUAUCAUGUUGAUAAGAGAAAAGCUAUGGACAUGCAGAUCAGAAUUUAGUAAUGGAUGCUGAUGUGUUGCCAGUGAUAUGGCAGCGUUCAUUCUCCAAGAUGCCAUUUUGAAUGACAAUGUUUUUUUGUCAAUCUUUAUUAUCUGCAGUCCUACAUUCACAUAUUAGCAUACCUAGAGGAAGGCAUGUACAAGAUGGAAGUAUACAAGUAAACUGAGACCCCCUGUCAUACUAAUAAUAAUAUGUCAGUGUUGACACUAUUGCUACUAAUAUCUCACUAGUGAGGUCAUGCAGCCCUGGAACAAUAUGCAUUAGGAGCACAAUUUAACACAGUUAUACUAGUUUGUAUCUUUUUUAGUUUGUCUGGAAUGUGUACAUGCACUCUUCUACACUUGAACUAAGUUCAUCUGUCAUACUGUGUACUAUAUCUAACCACUGUAAAUUUUGAUAUUAUUUUUGCAAUAAUACAUGUUGGCAAACUUAUUUGAUCAUCUUAAAUAAAUACAAACUAGCUAUGUAGUCCAAAAAUGUCAUGUUACAGUACUAGACUAACAGAUAUAAUGAUGUAACAUACUGCAAUUAGCCAUGCAGUAGAUUUAAGCAGUAUGUGAAAGUCCAACAUACUUUUUAAGACUAGUAUUUAGAUGGUGUGUUUUGAGACAGCUAGGAGUACCCAUGUGCUUUCCUGGUCUAACAAACCUGAAGGUUUUUAAUAUAACCCUCCAAUGUUUAAAUAGAUAACCCUUUAAAAAUGGAAACAAUUUUCAGAUAGAUUUUCUUCUUGAAAGAUGGAAUGAAUACAGGAUCCUAUAGCAGCAACCCUUUCAAAAUGGAAACAAUUUUCAGAUAGUUUUUUUUUUUUGAAAGAAGGAAUGAAUACUGAUUAUUACAGUAGCAAGAGGCACUAUGUGACAGACAGAGAUACUAGGUUUAUCCACACGGUGGCAGAAGUCACUGUCCAUUACUCUACUGGUUGCUGCCUUACAUAACCACUACAUCAUCAGUCAUACCCCAUUAGGUUUCUCUACAGUUUACUUAUUGUUCAUAUAAGAAUAGGAACACGUCAUGGCUAAAUAAAGACCAUUAUGAUUCUGAUAGAGUGUUAUGAUGAAAGAAGGGUGAUGAGAAUGAAUCAUAGGCUUAAAUAUGUAAUUAUACCCACAUGGGAUUUCCUUUUAUAUUCUAUGACGGGUUCUAAAUGGUCAAACUAUACCCACACCCUGUGAGAACCUCCGUGAUGACAUCCAGUGCCCCUGUAAUUAUUAUUUUGUUUAAUUAGAGCAACAGAGCAAAUCUCUUUUGUUUACGCUUUUGUGGUAAAGAGGUUUCGAGACCUCUGCUUAGCAUUUCUAAAAGUCCUACAAGUCCUACAGUCUCUACCGAUAAAGUUGAAAUGGCAGUAUAAAUCUGCAGUAAAUAAAAUGAUUUGAAAAGACAAAUA